AGAUUGAGAACAGAGACUGUUUGUCCCUCAAGUUAAGCCUAAAUACCGAUAAAAAAAUGUAGUUAUUGAGGGAUUUAAAUAAAUUCAAAUCUUUUCUUCUCAUAUUUAGUAAGACAGUGGGCUGCCUCCUGGUUUUGGCUGGCAUAUCUACUGCCUAAACAAUCGGUUUAAACCUUGUUUGGAUCCCUGCUUGUUUUAGCAUGGCGGAGCUUGGAAUUCACAGAAUCCUUCUUUUGGUUAUUUCUCUGACUAAGUGUCUGGAGGGCACAAAACGGCUGGCAGACUUUAAAAAAUGUGGUGACUUGGAAUGUGAAACUUUAAUAAGCAGAGUCUUAGCCAUAAGAGAUUACAGAGGACCUGACUGUCGGUAUCUGAACUUCACUAAGGGAGAAGAGAUAUCUGUUUAUAUUAAACUCGCAGGAGGAAAGGAAGAUUUGUGGGCAGGAAGUAAAGGAAAAGACUUUGGAUAUUUCCCCAGAGAUGCAGUCCAGAUUGAAGAGGUGUUCAUAUCUGAGGAAGUUCAAAUCUCGACUAAAGAAUCUGACUUUUUCUGUCUUCUUGGAAUAAGCUACACAUUUGAGAAUGAAGAUAUUGAGUUAAACAGAGAUCACAGCGAUAAUAUAUAUCUAUAUGAAGAAGAUGAAGACCCCAAAUCUAAUAUAUAUGAAAGUGAUUUUCAGAUAGAACCCGGCUUUUUUUCAACUUCUGAAGGUACUUUGUUCGAAGACCAAUUUCCAGCAUCAGAGGCUCCUGAAGCUAUCAGAAGUACGAGUGAGUCCAAAGACUGGGAAGCAGCAGAAGUUAGAAGUGUGGAAGAGCAUCCUCUUCCUGAAGUGGAUCAUGUCCCACCAUCAUCAGCCGUGCCUGAAGUGAAAGGGUGGUUUGGAUUCAGAAAGGACCAAGCUGAAGGGGAGACUUUUGAAUCAGUUAUUGAACCUCUACAAGAAAGCUCACUCCUAAGUAGAAAAAUAGCAGUGGAAGAUGAGAAUGACCCAGAGGAAUUAAACAAUGAUGAACCCCAAACAGAACAUAAGCAAGAACCUGAAUCAGAGGUUGAUUCAAUGCCAACGAAACAGUCUGAACUAGUGUCUGAGUCAGAGCACUAUCCUCAAGAUACUGGUUGGUUUGGUGGUAGAUUUACAAGUUAUUUUGGUUUCAGAGGUGAGGAUACAGGACUUGAAUUAUUGUCCAAAGAAAGCAAUCCACCAUUACAAGAUGUUCCUAAUUCCAUAUCCUCUGAGGAAGAAUCCACAGUUCCAUGUACAGAAACAUUAACAGAAAAAGAAGACACACUCACUAAUGAUAGCUCAAUUCUCAAGCCACGGUGGUUUGAGUUUGGUUUUGCUAUGCUAGGCAUUGCAUAUGCUAAUGAAGACAAAAUUAUAUCAGAUGAUGGAAAAAAUGAAGAAGCAGGUGGGGAAGAUAAACACGGACCUCCUCCAACAAGUGAAUUUGACCCUGGUGAGGAACAAGAACUCAAAAUAAUAAAAAUCAUGGAAACUGAAAGUCAAAUAGGCAAGGAAGGAGCCCUAGAGAAAACAGAUGAUUCUGAUACUUUACCAUAUUUUAAAAAGUUCUUGGGUAAUUUUGAGAACUCUUGGAACUUCAAGAACAUUCCAAAGGAAACAGAAUUGCCAUUUCCCAAAAAGACACUGGAUGAAAAUAAUGUAGGUGAAAAUGAUGAAACAGAAGAAUUUUCACUUGAAAACUACCGCACAGAUAAUAUGGAAGAUAUGACGUUGGAAAGCAGAUACAGUCAGUCAGAUAUGAACUCUAAAAUAGAGUUACCUAUGAUAAUUCAUGAAGAAGUACAUUUCAAAACUCUUUCUUCUGAAAAUAAUGAUGAAAACUCAAAAACAUCCCUAGAUACUGAAAGGUCUACCAAGUUGGAGAUAGACACAUCUGUGGAAAAUACCCUGCCAAAUAGUCAGAUCUUUUCAACUGAUUACUCUUUGUCUUCUCAAAAUUACCUUGAUCAAAAAGAAUAUGCUUCUGUGGGUCAGAUUCUGAAAUAUUUAUUUCAAAUUGAUGUUUUCGAUUUCCUGAAUCCUGCGUUUUCACCAAUUGUAAUUCUUACAGGAAGGGUCGUGGCAGCAUUGCCUGAAGAUAUGAAUUUCCAUGGUUUUCCAUGGGAAGUGGUGAUAUGUGCAACUAUUGUUGGACUCUUUGCCGUUGUCUUGUUUUUGUGGAGAAGUUUUCGAUCAGUUAGAAGCCGACUUUAUGUGGGACGAGAGAAAAAGCUUGCUGCAGAACUUUCUGCACUAAUUGAAGAGAAAUGUAAACUACUUGAAAAAUUUAGCCUUGUUCAAAAGGAGUAUGAAGGAUUAGAGUCAUCUUUAAAGGAUGCCAGCUUUGAGAAGGAAUCAACAGAAGCACAAAGUUUGGAGUUUGUUGAAGGAUCACAAAUAUCAGAGGCCUUCUGUGAAAAGCUGAUUAGCUCUCAAUCUGAGCUUGAGGAUGAAAUACUCUUUCUAGAAAAAGAGUUAAGAGAAGAGAAAUCUAAACAUUCAGAACAAGAUGAAUUGAUGGUGGAUAUUUCAAAAAGGAUACAGUCCUUAGAAGAUGAAUCAAAGUCCCUCAAAUCACAAGUAUCUGAAGCCAAAACAACCUUCAAAAUAUUUCAAAUGAAUGAAGAACGACUUAAGAUAUCUAUAAAAGAUGCUUUGAGUGAAAAUUCCCAACUUCAGGAAAGCCAGAAACAGCUUUUACAAGAAGCUGAAGAAUGGAGAGAACGAGUGAAUGAACUUAAUAAACAGAAAAUGACAUUUGAAGACUCCAGAGCACAUGUGGAACAAGUUCUGUGUGAUAAAGAAAAUCAGAUUAAGUCUCUGACUGAGCGCUUGCUAAAGAUGAAAGAUUGGUCUGCUGUGCUUGGAGAAGACAUAACAAAUGAUGAUAACUUGGACUUGGAAAUGAAGAAUGAUUCAGAAAAUGAUACUCUGCCAAAAGGAACUUUGAAGAAGCUGAUUCAUGCUGCUAAGUUAAAAGCUUCUUUAAAAACUCUAGAAGGAGAAAGAAACCAAAUUUACACUCAAUUAUCUGAAGUGGAUAAAACAAAAGAAGAUCUUACAGAAUGUAUUGAAAACCUCCAGACUGAACAAGCAUCUUUACAGUCAGAAAAUACACAGUUUGAGAAUGAGAUUCAAAAGCUUCAGCAGAAACUUAAAGUAAUGACUGAACUGUAUCAAGAAAAUGAAAUGACACUUCACAGGAAAUUAACAGUCGAGGAAAAUUACCGGUUAGAGAAGGAGGAGAAACUUUCCAAAGCUGAUGAAAAGAUCAGCCAUGCUGUUGAAGAGUUGGAGACCUAUAGAAAGCGAGCCAGAGACCUAGAGGAAGAAUUGGAGAGAACCAUUCAUUCUUAUCAAGGACAGAGUAUUUCUCAUGAGAAAAAAGCGCAUGAUAAUUGGUUGGCAGCUCGAAAUGCUGAAAGAAACCUCAAUGAUUUAAGGAAAGAAAAUGCUUACAGCAGACAAAAAUUAACUGAAACAGAGCUUAAAUUUGAACUUUUAGAAAAAGAUCCUUAUGCACUUGAUGUUCCAAAUACAGCAUUUGGCAGAGAGCAUUCCCCAUAUGGUCCUUCACCAUUGGGCCGACCUUCACCUGAAACGAGAGCUUUUCUCUCCCCUCCAACUUUGUUGGAGGGUCCACUCAGACUCUCACCUUUGCUUCCAGGGGGAGGAGGAAGAGGCUCAAGAGGCCCUGGGAAUCCUCUAGACCAUCCGAUUACCAAUGAAAGAGGAGACCCAAGCGCUGAUUGGUUAAUUGAUCCUCAUAGAGCGCCUUCUGACACUGGGUCCCUUUCACCUCCCUGGGAACAAGAUCGUAGGAUGAUGAUCCCGCCAUCAGGUCCCUUCUGUCAAGUUCCCGCUCCUUUCCCAGAUCUGCCUACUGUUGUUCAUGCUCCAGAGGCUUCAGGCCAACCAUAUCCUGAUCCAGUUUUUCCUCCGCAAAGGCAAGACAGAUUUUAUUCUAAUUCUGGUAGACUUUCUGGACCAGCAGAACUCAGAAGUUUCAAUAUGCCAUCUUUGGAUAAAGUGGAUGGACCAGUGUCUUCCGAAAUGGAAUCCAAUAGAAAUGAUGGCAAAGACGACCUUGGUAAUUUAAACGUGCCUGAUUCAUCUCUUCCCAAUGAAAGCGAAGCAACUGGCCCUGGCUUUGUUCCUCCACCUCGUCCUCCAGUCAGAGGUCCAUUGUUUCCACUGGAUGCAAGGGGUCCUUUCUUAAGAAGAGGCCCUCCUUUUCCUCCACCUCCUCCGGGAAGCAUGUAUGCAGCUCCCCGAGAUUAUUUUCCGCCAAGGGAUUUCCUUGGCCCUCCACCUCCUCCAUUUGCAAUGAGAAGUGUCUAUCCACCAAGAGGUUUUCCUCAUUAUCUGCCCCCAGGAGCUGGAUUUUUCCCUCCACCCCCACAUCCUGAAAGUAGAAGUGAGUUCCCAGCAGGGUUGAUUCCGCCUUCAAAUGAGCCUACUACUGAACACCCAGAACCACAGCAAGAAACUUGACUAUAUUGUCGGUCUCUCUUUAAAAGUAAUGUUGACUUCUCUCUCAUUUUCAGUUUAAGUAACUGUGGUUACUUAAGUGAUUAUACUUUUGCUCAAAUUGAAGCUCAAUGGAAUUUUAAUUCUCAGGAUAGUAUUUUGUAAAUAAAGAUGAUUUAAAUAUGAA